CGCUCGCCACGAGAUCGACGACGUGGAGAGCACUCAUCGCGUUCUCACUCCCCUCCACCGGAGCAGCAGCGGCAGCAGCAGCAGCAAACCCUCGCCUUCGCCGCCGCAAUCUCCCUUCUCCUGUGGUUCUCUUCCUUUGAUUUCCUAUCUCCGGCCUACGAUCUUCAGCUGUGUUCGUGUCUUGGCACUCUCUAUGGGUUCCGGAGAAGAGAGCGCCGCUCAUGGCAAGCCUGGUAAGACGACACCCACCUCCGCCGUUGCUGCCACUGUCGCUGCCGCUGCUCCGGCAUCGGGGCAGGAAACACCGGCGACGGCAAUUUAUCCAGAUUGGGGGACCUCCAUCCAGGCGUUCUACGGGCCUGGAGCUGGACCGCCGCCGCCAUUCUUUCCCGGCGUCUGUUGCUGGAUCGCCGUCGCCGCAUCCUUAUGUUUGGGGUGGCCAGCACUUGAUUCCGGCUUAUGGCACACCGAUCCCUUUCCCCGCGAUGUACCCUCACGGAGGGAUGGUGCUGUGUACCCGCCUGGUGAGGUGGAAGGAAGGCCGCCUGAUUUAAAGGACCAGGGCUCAGUGAAGAAGAAGGCUAGGGUUGGGAGCGCAGCAGAGUCUUUGCAGGGGAAGUCUGGGGAUGGUGGUAGAGCGACUUCUGGUUCUGCGGAUGACGAUGCUACUCAGAGUGAAUAUGAAGGCUCAUCAGAUGGGAAGGACGAAAGCAGUGAACCACAGGACUUUGCAGCAAGGAAGAACUCUGCAGAAGGGCCAACUGCUGCACAAUGCAAUACUGCAGAGUCAUCUUACAGUGGAAAGGGGCAUCCUGCAAGCAAGCUUCCAGUUUUGGCACCUGGAAGGGCGGUACUACCUUGUCCUACAACUAAUUUGAGCAUAGGGAUGGACAUGUGGAAUUCUACUCAUGCUGAGGCUGCUCUUAUAAAGUCUAGACCUGGAAUGGCUUCAUCUCCCAUGGUUGGACGGAAGACUGUCGAUGAACGCGAAUUGAAAAGGCAAAAGAGGAAGCAAUCUAAUAGAGAGUCUGCAAGAAGAUCAAGACAGAGAAAGCAGCAAGAAUGUGAGGAUUUGGCGAGGAGGGUUGAUCAACUAAACAACGAAAACAAUGCACUCAGAAGUGAAAUUGAACAGCUUAACAAAGAUUCCAAGGAGCUGGAGUUGGAAAAUGCAUCAAUAAUGGAGGAACUGAAGCGCAUGUAUGGGCCUAAUGUUCUUUCUGAAUUUGAAUCUGGGAAUGGUGAUCGAUCUAGUAAAAUACCAGCUGAUGGUGAGAGCAAUGGUCAUACACAUCGAUAGUCAAAAGUGAAAAAAAAAUUACCAUGGGAAGAUUCUUGAUAUUAUCAGGUGCCCAUUUCUCUUCCUUGUGAUAUCAAGCAAUAGUUAUAUUAUCCCUAACACUAAUAUAAGAGGGUAUAUAAGUUUCUCUUGUAUACAAGUGUAGCAUAUUGUCAUGUUUCUCAACUAUAGUUAGGAGGGAGAUUUUAUCCCUUGCUGCAAGUAAACAGCAGUUCAGUAGUUUUUGGCUUUAAAUUAACCUAGGUGCAAACAGCUUUGACUUGCUAGCUUUUGUCUGGGUGAGACUUGCAUGUCUUGAUGUCUACAUUCUUCUGUUCAUAAGAUUCACCACUGUAGCAUAACUGACGUCAAACUUUUCAGUCAACUGCUUUAUCUUUGUAUACACUGUGACUCUUGGUGAAUCUUAUGAAUCAGACCAAGACCUAAGUUUUGCUUUGUCCUGGUGAUGUGAAGAAUAUCUCAUAACCCAUCUCUUGUGGCUGGUGAUACUUCACUUCAGUGAGUGUUAUUUUUUUUUUUUCAA